AUGAGUGCUGACAACGAUGAGUGCACUCCUUUAAUUCAACAGAAUCAUCGUCAGGAUCCAUCCAUGAGCAAGAGCAACAAGAGAUCCUAUCAUGUCUAUGGCAUGGCGCUCGGUUUCUUAUUCCUGUUUGCUGCCUUUGUUCAUUCAUUCAGAACCAAAUUGCCAACGCCUUUAUCCGACACGCAAGCCAAGGAACUCGAUGAUUUCUCGGGCAUUCAUGCUUACAAUGAAUAUUUGAGCCGUUUUACUGCUCCUCAUUCUGCCAACACUCGUGAAAAUGGUGCGAUGAGAGAUUGGCUCGCAUCUGUCUCUCUCGAGAUGCAAAAAGACGCUACUGCUCGCGGACUGCAAAUGGAUGUCAUUGCUAAUGAUACCUCUGAAGUUGUUAUUCCUCAAGAUUGGUUCAGUGAUAAUGAACACUGGUUUAUCCACUCUCGCAAUGUGAUUGUCCGUUUGAAUGGUACUUCUGGUAGAGAAGAGGCACUUUUAGUCAAUGCUCAUUAUGAUAGUGUCCCUACAAGCAAUGGUGUCACUGACAAUGGUAUGGGUGUUGCCACAGUGCUCGAGAUGAUGCGCUAUUUCAUUGACAAUCCUCCUCGCAAUACCGUCAUCUUUUUGUUCAAUAAUUUUGAAGAAGGUGGUUUGCUUGGCUGCAAAACCUUUAUCCAUCAUCCUUGGUAUGCUCCUGUCAAGCUUUUUAUCAACCUUGAGGGUGCUGGUGCUGGUGGAAGAGCCAUGAUGUUUAGAACCUCCAACUUAAAUGCCGUCAAGAAACUUGCUGGAUCUAGCGCCAAAUUGUUGCAUAGUUCUCCUCUUGGAAAUGACAUGUUUAAGGCUCAAAUUAUUAAGAGUGAUACCGAUUACUCUGUGUUCCUCCAAGAUGGUGUCCCUGGUAUAGAUAUUGCCUUCUAUGCUCCUCGUUCUCAUUACCACACACCUCGCGAUAACUUGGCUUACACGACUCCUGAUGCUCUUCAGUAUAUGGGUCAAAUGGCCUUGGCUGCUACCAAGGCAAUUGCCAACAGCAACGAUAUGAUAAACACAAACAAAGGUGAAGAGCUCUUUAUCUACUUUGAUAUCUUGGGUCGUUGGAUGUUUGCCUACAGUUUCACCACCUAUCAAAUUAUCAACGUCAUUGCUCUUUUGCUUGUUCCUGGUGUGGGCCUCUUCUUGACCUUAAAAAACAAGCCUUCUCAACAGACCACUUCAUCGCUCAUUAAGGAAAAGCUUUGCCUCCUUGUUCAAGGUGUCAUUGCUGUCUUUUCCGCUGUGAUUUUUGCUGCCUUGUUUAUCGGUGUCGCUGUAGUUGCCAUGUGCAAGAUCAACCCUUCCAUGACCUAUGGUGAUGUCUAUGGCGCUGGCCUUUAUACCUUUGCUGCUGCUUUCUUGGGCAUACAAUUCUCUCAAUUGGUUCUCCCCAUGAAACUCAAGCAAACCCUCGCUACCACGGAUGCUGCUUGGUAUGGUUUGCUUUCAUUCUGGUCUCUUUUCCUCGUGCUUGCCAUGUAUGCUGGCUCAAAGAGCAUUGCUAGCUUGUACUUUGUUGUCUACUUGUUGGCGUUCAAUGCGUUGGCUGCCUUGCUUCAAGCUGUUGUCCCUGCCACUCAAAAGUUCCGUUCGCCCUUGAUCUUCUUUACUCAAACCAUCAUGCCAUUCAUCUUUUUGUUGGAAAUUGAGUUCUUGGCCAUGGAUGCUUUGCGUCAUGCCACUGCUGAUGGUACUCCUGAAAUCGCUGUCUACAUCUUCAUUGCUCUUCCACUCUUAUUGAUUGCUUUACACUUCGUGCCCUGGGUUUAUGUUGCUGGCAACUACCGCAAGGUUACCAUCGCUGCUGCUGUGGCCUUCUUCUUUUUGUUCACUAUUUGCUCUGCUCUGCAACCCUUCAAUGGCUCAUGGUCUCCCAACAAGCUCAUCUUUAGACAAGAGUACAACGCCGGCGAUGCCUUGGCCACUGUUAUUGUCUCAUCUGCUACUGGUGUGCAAGCUACCCUCAAGUCUUCCAUUCCUGCUCACGAAUACAAUACCGUUGAAUGUAGCCCUUUCAAGAAGUACUUGACUCGCUGUACCUAUCAAACUGACCUAUUGCCCAAGUAUGGUGGCAACGAUACCUUGUCAGAAUUUGUGUUGUCCGAGGUGGAGAAGACUUGCUCAGAGACCACUUGUAUCUCAUCUGUUACCUAUGCUUCCAAGAACAGUUUGAUGUGCCGUGUCCUGUUUGAUCCAGCUCAAAAUGACUAUGAAACCAUUCAACAUGCCUGGGUCAAUGGCAGAGAGCAUAAAUCCAGCAACAUCUCUUCCAUCAUCACUUAUAUCAAUGAUUAUGAACAACCUGUUAACGUCAAAAUCGAGUACCCCAAAGAGAGAUAUCCCAAGGCUACCUUUAGUUGUUUUUACGAUGAAUGGACUGAAUUACAGAUCCCUGCUUUCAAUGCUUUCCGUGAUAGCUUGCCUGAAAGCGCUACUGUCUUGAUCCGUGGUCAAGGUAUUGCUCUAGUCAAUUAUAAGAAUGCUACUCUUUAA